GCAAGGUACAUAUUCACAGGUUCUAGGGAUUAGGAGUGGACAUCUUUGGGGAGGGAGAAGGACAUUAUUCUAUUGACUACAAAUGGCCAACCUCAGUUCAACUAAAGUGGCUCAGGGAAAAAUGUACCAAGGGGUGAGGAGGGGGCAGCAUAGUGGAUGGUGCGAUUGUCCUAACUUCCUCGCUUUGCAGAGACCUCGUCCUGCCCCCGAGCCUCUGAGGCUGUGCGUGUCAAGAGAGGAUUGCACCAUGAUUCUCUGCCCCUUUGUUCACUUCCGUGUGGCCAACGCACAUGUGGUCAUCGGCAAGAAAAGAGAGCCUAUCUCAAAACGGUCAUCUUAACAGGAAUCAGCCAAUUUAACAGGAUACCCACUCAAUUUAUACUCAUCUCUAACCUGCUCAACUUAUAUCAGACUUUUGUCGGCCUGCCCCUGUGAAACUCCACUAGAGGGGAAAUACUGAUGAAGAGUAGGUUCAGCAUGGAGGAGGUGGUAAGCUUAGUUCUGUAACUAUGCAAUUCGAGGUAGAGACAUCCAGUGUGUAUUUGUAAACAGUGGGCUACAGCUAAGGGGAGAAGUGGGAUUACAUGUAGAUUUGAGAGUCAUCAGUACUUAGACAAUACUUGGAGCCAUAGUGGAAGGAAAUAAUCAGAGGGGCACAUGAAGUGAGGUGAGAUGAAGGCUGGAGAGAGAACCCUGGAGCAUCCCUGGUGUGCAGAAGCCAGUUUGUACCUGCUUGUAUAGGCUCAUACCUCCUCACAAGAGCUGAUUAUGGACACGUCUUUCCAACUCUGCAUCCAGUGACAUCACAUUGACAGCCUGAAAUUAGCCAUGGUGGGAGUAUUUACACCACAGGAAUUGGCAAAUGCUGCAAACCAGGACGUUUUUAGCAAGUUGACCAACAUGCCACUGGUUACAUCAAGAUUUAACGAGAAGGGAAGAGAAGAGAAUCAGCAGAGGCCUCUGAGACAGAGGAGGCAGAGAAGAAGGAGGAGAGCAGAUGAGAACAGCCUUGAAGGGACAAGGAAGGAGAGAGGAUGUGAGGAGUCAGGCUGCUUCUCAAUCCAAGGUCCGAAGUCAGUGAGCAACCCAGAGCAGGGCUCGGUGACUAUGCAGUGCCGCUAUGAUGCAGCGUAGAAGACCCACAGAAAGUGGUGGUGCCAAGGGAAAAUCUGGAAUUUCUGUAAGAUCCUCAUUCAAAGUACAGGAACAGAGCAAGAAGUGAAGGAAGACGGAUUGUCUAUCAGGGACAAUCACAGGAACCACUCCUUCAUGGUGACCAUGGAGAAGCUCAGCAGAGAGGAUGCCGACAUCUACUGGUGUGGGAUUGAGAAAAGUGGAUCUGACCUUGGAGUCCAAGUUAAAGUGACUGUUGGCUCAGCGAAAGCAGUUCUGACCACACCAACAAACCUGUCUUCCAAACCAUUAGCCAAGUCCUCCACCUCCUACGUCAGGACCCACUACAUGCUCCUGGUAUUUGUGAAGGUGCCCAUCCUGCUCAUCUUGCUUGGUGCCGUACUCUGGUUGAAGGGGUCUCAGAGGGUCCAGAGGAGCAAUGGGAUUGACCUGACUGUGUGGACUUGUCCUGGGACCCUCUGACCAAAGACACAGCCCCUUAUAUGGAAGAGCAGAACCUUCCAACCCUGGACCCGGUUUCCAGAUCAGACACAGGUGCCUGCAGAAGAAACAGCCCCUAAGUCCUCGAGAUGCCAUGCCAGAGGCUUGCGACCCGGGCCUCUGCCCUGGCCUCAGGAGCUGGCCAGGCACCUUCCCUGCUCUGCACAGCUCCAGACACAGCUGGGACUCCUCCUGAGACGUCAUCGCCACAUGGAGUGCCAACACCUUAUUCCCACGCCUUCUGGUAGCAAACACCCCACCCCACCAGAGCAGACGAGGCUCAUGGUCAGGCUGUCGGUGGAUAGCCAUGUCCCCACUGCUGGAACAACUUCCGGCGCAGAGCCUGGGACUGAAGCACAGAGAGAAGCAGCAGCUAUGUGUGAGAGAGGCAGACAUGGAGACUCACCAAGUGCCUGGUUUCUGACAUUCCUGAGACAAGCUCGCCUUUUCUUAAGCUGGUCGAGCGGGGCUUUGAUGACCCGUGUCACCGAGAUCCUUGACUGAAGCGCACACUCCCCAAGAGGGUGAUUUGUGGUGUAUUCCUAGUUUGGGGGCCUGAGCAGUUUGGAUGUGCCCUCUGCCCAGGGAGGACACUUGGCUUGAGUCUGCAGAGCUGAGGAGAAACGGGAGCCUACCUGGGUUCAGCUUUAUCCUUCCUCCUCCUCCACCCUGCCUCGCCGGACCCACCAUCCUCCCUCCCCAUCAGAUGCUAGGACUUCCUGGGGCUGCAGCUUAGGAGUCUGGCCCUUCAGUCUUCUCAGGACAACUGCUUAGACCAUCUCCUGUGGGCAGAGCCGGAUUACCCAAUAAUCAAGGUACGCAUGGGCCCAGCUGCGCCUUGCCACCAAACUGCACAGCACAGUUUCACCUGUACCCCACCACGUUAACAAUGAGGUGAAACCCAUGUGAAAUUGCUCACCACAGAUUAGCACGCCCGUUGUACCUUGCUCGGAGCAAGCCGGUGCAUACAGUACUUACCGUUAACUUGCCCCUGCGGCUGUGGGGCUGUUAAACUUCAAGAAACUACCUCAGGGUGGAAGGGGCGUGGUGAUUAAAACCGAGGGGAAUACUGUUGUUUAUUUUAAAUAAUGUUGUUUAAGUCGUGUUGUUAAUUAAAGCUGAAUAUCUGUUAAGGGUGAUUGAGAAACUUGGAAACAGAUGGUAGGGAUGGUUACACAGCAUGAUGAGUGUGAAUUGUACACAUAAGAAAUGUUGACACGGCAAAUGUUUUGUUAUAUAUAUGCUUACCACAAUUAAAAAAACAAAAUUCACAAAAACAGACCAGACUUACUGGUCUGACAGAGACUGGAGGAACCCC